AUGGGGUUUUUUACAGGAAACGUGAUCGGCACGCUGCCUUUCGAAGCGGCGGAGACAUCAAAAGAAACAAGCGAUGUUGAGCUACGUGUUGUGAAGGGAAAUGAUUUGGUGGAUGUGAAGCCUGGCAGUCACGAUUUGAUUCUGAAGAAGGGAUUGGAUAGAGAUGAGGGAGUCGGCAAGUUUGAAGCUGUCGUCGAAUGCCGUUCCUCUAAUCUGGAUGCCGAUUUCAGUCAGUUGAACAUCUCGGUUUUUGUGACCGUCAAAGACAUUAACGACAACGCGCCAGUGUUUAGAUUCAGCCGAGUACUUUGUACAAUUGUAUUCACGGAUUUCGAAGCCACAGACAAUGAUCAACCGGGACCAAACAGUUUCGUACAAUACUCAAUUGUCCCGGGACCACACUCUCACUUCUUGGAAAUCCCCGACCCUUUCAAACCAGUGAUCACUAUUAAGGAUCGCAUUAAUUACGAGGAGAUCAAAAAGUUUUCUGUAGAAAUCGAGGCGAGAGAUCAAGGAGAACCCAGUUUGGCAUCAAAAGUGCCGUUACAUGUGACAGUUGUUGAUAAUGGUGUAUUGGUUUUCGAACCGGAGGCUAUCUCGGCACAAGAUGGCGAUCGUCUCAACGCUUCGCUGAUCUUUUCUCUGUCCGGAGAACUUUCGGAACAUUUCGCGAUUGAUAACGACGGAAGCAUCCGCUCAAUUACCUCAAACCCCCCACAACGGGCCACUUUCUUUGUUACGAUUUCUCCGUCUACCCCAAUCGGAUCUACAGUAAUCACAGUCACAGCAAACUCGGAAAAUAACGCGUCUCUCACUUAUUCUCUUCUUGCUGACACUAAUACAGUAUCCAUCGAUGAAGUCUCUGGAAAUGUGGUGCUCCGAAAAAAGCUCGAAAAGCCGGAAACACUGAAUGUGACUGCUAGUGAUGGAGAGAACGUUGUCUCCACAACUCUGCACUUAAUGACAGCCAACUCUGAAGAAACAUGCCGAACACCUGUCAAAUUUGAGAAAUUCGAGUACCGUAUGACCAUUGGAAAAUUAAAUGUGCUCGGAGUAGUCAAUGCCACAUCACGAACUGGAAACAAGCUGACCUAUAUUUUGAUGAACAUGAAUAAUGACUUCGAAGUGGACACCAAUGGAGUGGUGAAACUCUUACCGAAAGCACAUUUACAAUGUAAAACUUGUGAAUUGAUAGUUGUGGCAAAGGAUGGAACCCAAAUGGCUAUCACUAAGGUCAAUAUCGACAAUCCGUCAUUUGUAUUACACUCAACUACAACUUUUGCAUUGUUGAUAAUGAUCAUCCUUUGUCUAAUUUUCGCGAUGUUGGCUAUUUUGGUGUGCCGAAAAUUUUGUGAAAAGUGGAAGCAAGGAAAUCGGCGUUCCAGCAUUUGUUGGCUCAAUGGAACCACAGAUACAGGAAUUUCAAUCACCACAACGACACCGAUCAAUUCUAGGUAUGUGGUGAAUAGUGAAAGAGACCGCUGCUACGAAUCCAAGUCGCCCGGACCAAAACGUUCCCAAGGCGCUCAUCUGGUUCCAGUCACUGUGGUGUCCGAUGGGUCUGGAGCUUCACCUACUGUUUAUUUUUAA